AUGACAGAUGCAUCCAUGUGCACAGGUUCACUAGUUUCGUCAAGGGCAGUACUCACGGCUGGUCAUUGUGUUUGUGGACAGAAACCGAUCGUUCGGGUUUCGUUUCUAUCACUAAGUGAAUUUGACCAGAGAACUAUUAAUCAUCGACCUUUGGAAAUUAAAGUUGCACCAGAGUACAAUCCUGUUUGUCAACUGAAACGAGAAAAUAAACGCAUUACGAAGUCACUUGGUGGUUAUGAUAUGGCAAUUAUAACACUCACUAAUUUGGUCAACUUGGAGACUGGAGUUAAAGUAAUUAGUCUAGCAACUGAAUCGGAUAUACCUAUACCAGAAAGUAUUGCUUAUAUGGUAGGUUAUGGACAGGAUAUUAGGGAUCCUGAUCCAUCCGGUCGAUAUGGUGGAAUUUUAAAAAAAGAAUAUCAAAUGUCAUCCGAUGAAUUAAAACAAUCAUUUUUAUCAUUUUGUAAUUUUGUUAAAAAAGGAUCUAUUACAGCAACAGAUAAAACAAUUAAGAAAAUAUGUACAGAUUGUCAAAUUUAUUCUAAAAAAUUAGAUGCAAAUCGAGUAGAUAUUGAAUUUCAUGCACAUAUUGGAAGUACUAAAAGAGAUGUUGAUUUCCCAGGAUUUGUAAGUUUUCUAGAAGGUCGACUAGCAAAAGUGUAUGCCACUGCAAAUGGUAUAGAACAAGAGGAAGCAGUAAUUCAACUUAAACAAAAAAUAGCUGAGACAUCACCAGCGGUUCAUGGUGGUACUAAAAUUAGCUCAGAUGCAACAACAUCUAGAUUGACAAAUGUAAAAACAUUUACUGGUUCACAUAAAGAACGUUUUAAUGCAGAAACUGGUAAAGGAUUAGGUAAAGCUGGUCGUGUUGACCCUGCACCAUGUUUUACUACAAGUGGAAUAUCUGAGCCAAGAAAAUAA